AUGGGAGGCAAGGCUUUUUCUCACUCAGACCCUCCUCUGGAGACGCCUCGCAUGCCCAAGGAGGUCUAUCUCGAGGUAAAGAACAAAGUCAUUCGCGCUCUAACCCCUGCUUUUGGCUGGAUCGAUUCUCCUAUCGAAGGUCCUGGUAAGAACGAUUUUGGCGACAUCGACAUCAUCGUCUCCGGUCUCAUCGGUGAUGACAUGCGCAAGGAGAGCAUCCUCACUCUCAUUAACCAUCUUCUUGAGGCCGAAGCUCAAAUCACUGAGCCAGGAAGCGCUGUAGCCGCUCAUUUUGCUAUCCCUUGGCCCAAACAUCUCCCCCAGCCGGCUACCCACGAUCCGCUUCAGGACGAUGAUUCCAACGAGCUCGAGUCUUCUGCUACUCCUAUUGGAAAUAUUUCCCCUGCUGGUACCUCUUCUUCUGAUCUGUCUCGUCCUCAAUCUGCCGCGCCAGAAAAUCCCGAGUCCAACGCUGAACCCCUUACGCUCAAAGAACUGCGAGACAAGGGAAGAAAGAUCCUUCCUCACUCUGUGGCUCGCCAAACUGGACUUGCUGUGGCCCUGAUGGCGGACAGCCCUGAUUCCGAACUUGGAAGCCCUAGCCCAGAAGGAACUUUCUCUCCUAGCCCUGAUUCCGGAAAACAGAGAAAGUCUUCUUGGUCUGCCAAAGGCAAGAAACUCUUCAUCCCUCGUUCUCGCUCUUUCUCAUCUUUUUCAAACCUCAUCAGCAAGCUUGGUCAGUCCAGCUGGAACUCUGAAGACAGUUCUAGUGAUGAGGAUGACAAGAACAAGGGUACAUCUCCAGACUCGAUCACUAACGACAAGUCCGGCUUCUACAUCCAAGUAGAUAUUCACUACUGUGACACUGUCAAGCAGGCUAAGUACCUACGCUUCCAUCAAGCUCACGGAGAUAUCUGGCAACUCCUUGGAUCCGUCAUCAAACCCUUUGGACUCACCGUAGACAACGUGGGACUCUGGAUUCGUAUUCCCGAAGUUGAACUCAUCGACAAGAAAAGGGCUAAGAUCCUGCUUACUUCUGUGCCUAACCAAAUCCUCGACUUCGUCGGAGUCUCCUCUACAGAGUACUGGCGGCCCUUCUCAGAUGUUGACUCCAUGUUCGGAUAUAUCUCCCAGUCUCCCAUGUUCUAUGUGCCUUCCGACUAUUCUGAGGACUACGAGAUGACAUCUGCCAAAUCCAACGAUCGCCAACGCCUAGCUAAGCGUCCUGUCUACGCACAAUGGAUCCAUGCGUUCAAGCCUCUAUGCCGUUCCAAAGGUUUCUACUCAAAGGCUCUCACUACCCGUGAAGACGUUAGGAACAAAGCGUUUGAAACCUUCAAGAUCGAAACGGAAUAUCACCAACGACUCCGCGAUUUCCUCUUCGAGAAGCAGAAGAACGAGAUCAUCAAGGAGAUCAAGAACAUUUUCCCGGGUCCCGCUCAGCCUACGAACCAAAAGGCUAUUCAGAUGCGUGCUCUUCACAUUAAGGCUAUGAAAGAGAUCAUCAUCGAAUGUGUCGACGCAUCCCGCUACAACAUUGUGGCUCCCAAAGGCGUGCGACUUCCCAACGGACUGUUCAACAUGGACCGUGUCCGGGCUUUUGCCCGCACCAAGCCGCCGGCGGGACGCGGGGCCCGAGGUUCCUUCUCUUCGGAACCGGCUUCCUGGAGAGGCCUAGGCUGCCCCUCGGGCGAGGCGCCAGUCGCACUGGGGCUCUGCCCACAACAGCAGAGCUGCUUCGGGGUAGAGCCCCAGGCUCUGGGGUAUCCCAGAGAACCCUCCGCCAUUUUGGCCCUACCGAGGGCGUUACAGAUCUGCAGGCUUCUAAGGUCCUGUUUUGAACGUUACCUCAACUAUGCAAAAUGCGAAACUCUUGCUUAUCUCCCCUAUAUAAACUACCAUAGUCACAACGAUGCCAACAAACCAGCAGCAUACAACACAAAAGACGGGCCUAAAGGCAAGAAACAUGAAAUCUUUUCAAGCUUCACAGCUGCAGAACAACCCGUCGUGGGCAACAAUAAGCAGGAUGUCUCGUUGGUGGCACUCCUAUCUUUUCUCUCUCUCAUCAUCUGGGUCCUCGCCGCCUCCCAGUACAAGAUUCUCUCCCAAAAGAGUGCUGAGAUACUUCAGCACUCCUUCAUCCUAUUGCACUCGUGCCGACCUAUCAGUCUCAUCUCAUUCUUUUGGGCGAGCCUCUUCCCUUCCAAACCAUAA